AUGGUCCGUAAACUUAAAUAUCAUGAGCAGAAAUUGCUCAAGAAGGUUGAUUUUCUCCAGUGGAAAAAUGAGGAUAAUAUUCGAGAAAUCAAAGUUAUUCGUCGUUAUCACUUGCAAAAACGAGAAGACUAUCACAAAUACAAUAAAUUAUGUGGAUCAAUAAAAAAACUUGCAAAUAAAAUUUCUUUAUUAGAUCCACGAGAUCCUUUUAGGAAUAAACAAGAGACUGCAUUAUUGGAUAAGCUGUAUUCUAUGGGCUUAAUUACGGCUAAAAAACAGUUUAGUCAAGUUGACAAAAUUACCGUUUCUGCCUUUUGUAGGCGGAGACUGCCAAUUGUAAUGUGCCGUUUAAAAAUGGCUGAAACGGUAAAAGAAGCAGCUACUUUUAUUGAACAAGGUCACAUUCGUGUUGGACCAGAAACCAUUACUGAUCCCGCUGCAUUUGGAAUUUCUUAG